AUGAAUGAUAAAGUCGACGAUAAAUUAAAACAAGCAUUUUUAAAUCAAACUCAAAAAUUAAUAGUUUCAACUGGAAAAUUCGUUGACGAUUUUCAAUCUUUAGUUAAAACAAUUAAACAAUCAGAUCAAUAUGAAUAUUAUCAACAUUUAUUUAAAUCUGCUCAAGUCUCAUCAUUUGAUGAACAUAAAUAUGAAAUAGAUUAUUUAAAAAAAGGCCAAUCAGCAUGGGAAAAAAGAAUAGUAAAAAGUUUAAAUACAAUGUGUACUGAAGUGAAUUUACCACUUGCACGACAAAGAAAUGAAAAUGAAAUGCGAACAGUAAGAAGACAUUGGAAUGAACUUGGUCAUAUUUGUGGAGACUUAAAUCGUUUUCGUCCUGUUUAUUCGGCAAAAGAUUUUCUUGAUGUUAUUUGUGUAUUAGUUAAUCCAAAUUUAAAAAUUGAUGAAACACUUUGGAAUUGUGGUUUAAUUAAAAUUCCAUUAGUAACAAAAAGCUUUGUAGAAAUUAAAAAUUUAUAUUCGGAUCUUCGUCCAAAUAUAAUUCAAUAUUGUUCUGAUGAAACAUUUAAUGAAGCUAAAGAAGAAGAAAAUAUUAAAUUAGCAUUACAAAUUCUUGAAAAAAAACCAAAUUUAAAUUCUGUACGAGAAUAUGCACAACGUGGUUGUCCGACAAGUUUACGAGGAAAACUUUGGUCCAGUAUGUUAGAUAUUGAUCUCUCCAAUUGGCAUAUAACUUAUUUUAAUUAUCUCAAACAGAAUGUUAUCGAUUAUGAUCUCUUGGUUGAUAGUCUGCAUUUUAAGGAUGUAAAAUUAACAGCAGUAAAUGAUGAUCAAUUAUUUGUUUUUGAAGAUUAUUUAUAUCAAGUUCUUUUGUUAUUUUCUCGUGAUACACAUGUUCAAUCAUGCUUUUCAACCAGUGCAAGUGGUUGUGAACCAGCACGUUCAUUUAUUAAAAAGAAAAUAGGUGCUGAAGAAUGUUCGGUUAUAUAUCCACCAAGUGGAAUUAUUCCAUUUUACGGUUUUUCAAUGCUUGUUGCACCAGUGUGUUUCGUUUUUGAAGAUCCAGUUCAUUUAUAUUUUAUUUUUCGACAAUUUUAUAUGAAAUAUUUUUUUAAUUUACAUCAUAUAUCAGCUUCACCAAAUGCAAUCGUUGGUUUAUGUGUUUUAUUUGAAUCUUUAUUACGUCAAAUUUCGCCUGAUUUAUGGUUUCAUUUACAGGAAAUUCAAGUUCAACCAUUACGAAUUGCUUUUAAAUGGAUGAUGAGAGCUUUUUCGGGUUAUUUAGCUUCGAAUCAAUUAUUAGCACUUUGGGAUAGAAUUCUUGCUUAUGAUUCUUUGGAAAUUUUAUCUCUUCUUGCUGCUGCCGUAUUUGUGUUACGUAAAGGAAAUGUUUUAACAGUAACAAGCGAAUCAGCGAUUGAAGCUAUUUUUUCCGAUAUAUCAUCGAUUAAAGUAAUACCAUUACUUCAAUUUAUACUUGGACAUUGA